GUGUGCGCGCGACUCGAGGGCGUGCUUGCGUCAAGUGAAAGGAUUGGGACAGAAGCGGCGUGCGUCUUUGGCUGUCGGUCUCUCCAGCACUGCGCCCGCCGCCUCAGGUUAGGGCUCGUAUGUGUGUGGGAAGAUGGCGACGGAUAAACAUAAACAUGAAGGCAGGGUGAAAAUUGGACAUUACAUUCUCGGAGACACGCUUGGAGUUGGAACAUUCGGGAAAGUUAAAGUGGGACAGCAUGAACUGACCAAACACCAGGUAGCUGUGAAGAUCCUGAACAGGCAGAAGAUCCGCAGUUUGGAUGUAGUGGGCAAGAUUCGACGCGAGAUCCAGAACCUCAAGCUCUUCAGACACCCACACAUAAUUAAACUGUACCAGGUGAUAUGCACACCGACUGACAUAUUUAUGGUUAUGGAGUAUGUGUCUGGUGGAGAGCUCUUUGAUUACAUUUGCAAAAAUGGAAAGCUUGAUGAGAAGGAGAGCCGACGUCUGUUCCAGCAGAUUAUUUCAGCAGUGGACUACUGCCACAGACACAUGGUGGUACACCGAGACCUCAAACCAGAGAACGUCCUCCUGGAUGCUCAUAUGAACGCUAAAAUCGCCGACUUCGGAUUGUCAAAUAUGAUGUCGGAUGGGGAGUUCUUGCGAACUAGCUGUGGUUCCCCUAAUUACGCAGCUCCUGAAGUCAUUUCUGGGAGGCUGUAUGCAGGUCCUGAAGUGGAUAUCUGGAGCAGUGGAGUGAUCCUGUAUGCACUGCUGUGUGGGACGCUGCCCUUCGAUGAUGACCAUGUGCCAACGCUUUUCAAGAAAAUCUGUGAUGGCAUGUUUUUUACCCCACAGUACUUGAACCCAUCAGUUAUCAGCCUUCUCAAGCACAUGCUGCAGGUGGAUCCCAUGAAGAGAGCUACAAUUAAAGAAAUCCGGGAGGACGAGUGGUUUAAACAGGACCUACCUAAGUAUCUGUUUCCAGAGGAUGCUUCUUACAGUACCACCAUGAUUGAUGAGGAGGCACUGAAGGAGGUGUGCGAGAAAUUUGAGUGCACGGAGGACGAGGUGCUCAACUGCCUUUACAGUCGGAAAAACCAAGACCCUCUUGCAGUUGCCUAUCAUCUGAUCAUCGAUAACCGGCGUAUUAUGAGUGAAGCCAAAGACUUCUACCUCGCCACAAGUCCUCCCGAUUCAUUCCUUGAUGAUUUGCCUGCUCAUCACUUUGCCAAGCCACACCCAGAGCGAGUGCCAUUCCUGGUGGCUGAAACUCAACCACCACGCCCCCGACAUACUCUGGAUGAGCUCAACCCCCAGAAGUCCAAGCAUUUGGGUGUCCGCCGUGCUAAGUGGCAUUUAGGAAUCCGAAGCCAGAGCAGGCCUAAUGAUAUAAUGAGCGAAGUGUGCCGGGCAAUGAAGCAGCUUGACUAUGAGUGGAAGGUUGUUAAUCCAUACUAUCUACGUGUGAGGAGGAAGAAUCCAGUUACAGGCCUGCAAACCAAGAUGAGUCUGCAGCUUUACCAAGUGGACAGCAGGACCUAUCUACUGGACUUCAGGAGCAUAGAUGAUGAUAUUUUGGAGACCAAGUCGGGUUCUGCCACACCGCAUCGCUCUGGCUCGGUAGGUAACUAUCGGACUACCCUAAAGAACGAUAAGGGUGAGAAGAAUGGCUCGGAGGACGUGAUAAAGGGUGAAGGCUCAGCCCCCUCAACACCCCCAGUAGGUGGGGCUAAGCAGGCUGAGGGCUCCCUUGCUUCUUCUUUGACCUCCUCGGUCGACUCGACGGGGGGAGAGAUAUGCCCGCGGCCUGGCAGCCACACCAUCGAGUUCUUUGAGAUGUGUGCUAACCUCAUCAAGCUGCUGGCACGAUAACUUGCCAUUGCUCUCAUGUCUUUUCUCUCACUCACCUCUUUGUCUUUCUGCCCUUCUCUUGCUUCUUGGACUCUACCUCUUUGUCUUUCCAUCUCCAGCAGACUACUUCUUUCUUCUCUCUCUUUCUCUCCCUCUCCGUCUUUCUCUUUGAGUGUCUUUAGAGCAAUAAGCAUGCAAGCAGAUGUCUCACGGCUCCAUGAGUCCCACACGCACAACCAAGCCUACUGGUUUUGUGGUACUGCUAUCUGUUUGUUUGAGUGGUGGGAAAAGAGAUUACGUUAGAGAUGAGGCUCUUGAGAAAGGAAAUGUAUGUUUUAUGCCACAGGGAAGAAGUCCAAAAAGAUUGUCUAGCCACUUUAUACUAACUAUAGAAUAUUCUUUUAGAGCUGGUUUUACAAUUGUUUAUUUGAUGGGCUUGUUGGCCCGUGGUUGAGGUGUUGAAAUGUCUGCACGCUGAAUUGUUAUACACUGAGCUAGCUGUACUGUAUAUAAUGGCACCACAAAGAAAGAAAGAGAGAGAGAGAGUGAAUGAGGCAGAAUGCAAAUUUGCACAGGUUUUUCUUCACAUGCUUCAGCUGGCCAACGUUUUAAAAGAAGCAAGUAAUUCCAGGAAGGGGCCAUCGAAAUGAAUAAACAUGUGAUGACAAGAGCCAAGUGGAUAAGGUAGAGGGGUUUGUUAAAAGUGGGCCAAUUUCAACUUGUUCGUUCCGAGGAAGUGCAAUGACCCUUCCUCCAUUCUUACCAUUUUCAUAGACUGGGAAAAAAAAUACAUUUCCCCUUUUUGUGUACCCUUUUUUUUUUUUUUUUUUUUACACUUUAGACAAAGUUUUUUUUCCCCCUUUCUUUCUUUGCGUUGCUCACAUUUUAAACAUAUCUAAGUAUAUAAAGAAUUAAAAAAGGCAUUUGGAUAUAUAAAUAUUUAUCAGUGCUUCAAGGGAUGGUAUUUUAUAUUGAAAUGAUAAUGGACUGAAAGAUUGUUUGUAAUAGGUGGUUAUUGAUUGUUUUUUUCCAUACACUGCUUUAUCCAUUUUUUUAAACUUUAGUUGUAGAUGUUUUACAAGUAUAUAAAACAGCUUAAAAAAUUACAUGCAACAUUGACUGAAUUCAUCUUGUAUUUUUUCAGCAAAGGACACCUAAAGACUAAAAUUUGUAUUAGGCUGGAAGAAAUCACUUGUGUUGACUGGCUUAAGUUGCUUUGUUAAACGUAUUGGGACAGAAGUUAAAAAUUAAUAUUCAUAAACUAUUUUUCAUCAAGAAACUCAGAGAAAAUCUAGAAAUUAUUGACUGGUAUACUUGCAUCCCAGAAGUCAGUUGCUGGAGAGAGUUUAUGCUGACUAUAGUGCUUAUACAAUGCCAGAUUGAAAGUAUAAUUUGAAAAAUGUUUUUUAAAUAUUUACAGCAUUACUGAGUUAACCAUGAAUGAGUAGCAUAAGCAGCUACAGUCUGUAUUUAUUUGUAAAAGUUUAAGUGAAAACAAUGAUUUUGGUGUUUUAAAAUUGAAGAAAGCACAUUCCGUGUGUCUGUUCUUGCUGAAGUGCCCUAAUGAUAAGCAAAUAAAAAAUAUAUAAAAAUGUACAGAGUUUGGGCCUGUAGAUAAAAAAAAAAAAUUGUGACCCUUGAUUUUGUUUUGCUUUUUUGUCUGAUUAUUAAACUUUAUUCUCCAAGAUCAAGUACUUCACAUAGAUUAUACACUUGUCAAAAUAGUAUCCUUAACUAUAAUGCCACUGGAAGUUUUUUUUUUUUUUUUCUUCAUUCACUUCAUUUCAGACUUUCCUGAUUUAUACUUUUGUCAUUCUUUAUUUGUGAAGCAGUACAAUGCUGUUUGGACCACCAUUAUUUCUCAGGAUUAGAAAUGGCUGUGAGGUCUAAAACACGUUAAAAUUAUAUUCAAUCCAUAAAAAUUACUCAUUUAAAGUAUUUGUAUUUAACUUCAUUAUUAGCCACAAUAUAUUUUUUUUUUUUGCUGUUCCUAAUUAAAUGUUUAUUACAGUCAGUUCUCCACCUAAACAUUUCAUCUUGGCCUUUUAACCAUAAUUUUGAUAAACAUUUUUGGACUGUAAUAGGCACAUAUCUGACCCAGUGGAUCUGUAUUUCAGCAACAACAAAGAAGCAGCUCAUGGUGGUUACACGCAUUGGUGGCACAUCGAAUAGCUGUGCCAAGAUUGCACUAUAAUAUCACUAUUAUUAGAUUAAUUGUCCCGAAAGUUUAAAAGACGCGUGAUCUCAAAGGUAUGUCAGCUCAGUUUUUAUUUGACUUUUCAUUAUAAUCCUUUUAGCAUUAAAUUUUUAUUUGUUUAAUUUUUUUUAAUUACACACGGAUUAGUCAUGAAAAAUUAAAACAAGCCUUUCAGAUUUUAUUUGUAACAUCAUAAGAAAUGCAUCCUUGUUUUUGCAAAGGGAGAAUCAUACUGUAAGAUUGGGGUCUUUGUUUUGAAUUCUGAUGUAGCAAACUUUUCCACAUGCUGUGUUCAUUACCUACUACAGUACUCAGGUGGGGAACAUCUGAUGGCUUUGUCUUCAAAGAUACUUUGUUAAGUUUAAGAUUGUGAAAAGUAAGGUUGGCCAGUGUCCAGUUCCUGACUGUGUUUAAAGGACAUUUUCCAUUUAAUUGCCUAAUAAAUCAUGAAUGGCA